UUCAACUAGCCUCAUCAUGGCAUCCGCUAAGCUGUUUCUUGCUGUAGCCAUUUUGGCCACAUUUUCCCUCUCCGUGAACGCCGGUUUUCUGGACUACAUUUACCCCACAGUCAUGUCGGAGUUCUACAGUCUGGCCCCCACAAAGGAGGGUUACCGUUUCAAGUUGGAAGAACCAAAUGGCAGCAAACGUGAGGAGAUCGGUGUGGUAAUGAAUCCCGGUACAAAGGAUGAACAGCUCGUGGUGAUGGGUACCUACACGGUUUACGAUGAGAAGACCGACACCGAAACGGUGACGAUGUACACCGCCGACAAGGAUGGUUACAAGCCAAGAUAUAUGAUCAAGAAUCGUAAACUGAGCCCAAGCGCAUUGAAAUCGGCGGCUGGAUAAAUUAGUAUUAAGUGAAAAGACAGGUUGUGAAUUUAACUUAAAUUUGGUUUUGAGUUGUCUUUUUUUUCGAAAGUAUUUUAUAUCGAUUAAUGCUCAGUAACUGCCAUUUUUGUGUGAAAUAAAGCUUUUUACGUAAUUUUAAAUAAAUUUUUUGUUGCCAAGUGUAGCAAAUUUUUAUUGGA